AUAAUAAUAGUACUGUCUCUGUUCCAUAGAUAAGUAAUAAAAACAAGAUUUUAAAAUACACGACGAGAUCAAAACCAAAUGGGCAUAUUCUGAAAUCUGUGCAAACACCCUGUGACAAGAAUGAAUGUUUAACAAAACAGAAAACCGGUUCAAGACUUUCACUGGCUAAAGGUAGUAAACAUCCUGAAACUGUGAUGUUUACCAAGGAUUUAUCAAAAGGACCCUGUAAUAAAGAUGAUGCUUUUAUCAUCCAAAAAGACAAUACAACUUCAAAGCCAGAUAAUGUCAGAAAUUCAGUUAAGAAAGCUUUGGCAUCCAACAAGAAAUUUAAAAAGCAUUCUCUUUCUGUUGAGGAUCUAAGGGACAAUUUGGUAUGUUUAACACAACAACAGCUGGAGCAGAUUUUAAUGGCAGUAAAAGAAGGAACCCAAGGAGCCACUCAGGUUCUGGAUGAAAAGAAAAGAGAUACAAACACCAAAACUCUUGAUGAUCAAACUUCAGAAGAACAUGUAAUGGGAUUGCUUCAGAAAGUCAGUGAUGCUCCAUCUCUUUCAAGUGAAAGUAGUUUCUGUUCAAAAAAACCUCCAGGAAUAUCUAGACAUGCUGAACAGAAAAUAAUAAUGAAUUCAUGGAAGCCAGCUGACAUAUUUAGUACUCUGGGAGAACGAGAAUCAGAUAAAACCUUGUUAGAUGCUAAGAAAUCUCAGUGGAAGAAAGAACUAGAUGAACAGGUAGCUUUAAAGAAGAAACUAAAAGAAACUUUGGAAGCAGAGUCCAGAUACCACCAGCGGCAGGAAGCAACACCAAUAGAACAUCCUUUCAGUGCUGUGAAACGUGAACAACAGAAAAAAUGGCUUGAAGAGCUUGAUAAGCAAAAGGAAGCAGACAAGUUGCGAAAAAUGGAAGAAAAAUGUAAUUUUUUGAAGGGUGAAGAGCAUGACAAAUGGACAAUACAUUUUGAUUCUUUCAAGAAUCAUAUGAAUUCUUUUACACAAUAUCCUUUAAAUACAACAUAUCAAAAGACUCCUGAGACCAUGCAGCUCUCCCACGACAAUACAGCUUGUUCAUCUUCAGCUUUGUCUUGUCUCACACCUACAGAAAUGGAGAUUCCAGGAAAAGCAAUUGGAAACUAUAUUUCGGAGUCAAAUCAAAAAGCCAG